CAGCAAAGCAAAGCCCACUCCACUCCACAAUCCACAUUCCUUCCUUCCUUCCCCGUGCGAGCCCCGAGAGCCUUCUGCUCCCCGCUUCGGAUCUCGCCACCAGCCUCCGCCGCGCGCGGUAGCCCGGCCCGAGGCCGAGAUCGAUGACGCAGACUCCCACCCCCGCUGCGGCCGCGCCGGCGCCGGCGGUGGCGGUGUCGGAGGCGGGGCUGCCCGACGCCAUCGCGGCCGCGCUGCCGCCGGACCCGUACGAGCAGCUGGAGGUGGCGCGCAAGAUCACGGCGGUGGCCGUGGCGGCCCGGGCGUCGCGCCUCGAGCUGGAGGCCGCGCGGCUCCGCCAGAAGCUGGCCGACAAGGACCGCCUCGCCGCGGAGCUCGCCGACAGGGCCGCGUCGCUCGAGCAGGCGCUCCGUGACUCCGACGCCCGCCUCCGCGCCGCCCUCGACGACAAUGCUAAGCUUGCCAAGGAGAGAGACUCGCUCGCGCACACGUCCAAGAAACUGGCCAGGGAUCUCGCCAAGUUGGAAACCUUCAAGAGGCAUCUAAUGCAGUCAUUGGGUGAUGAUAAUCCCCCGAUUCAGGAGACAGUGGACAUAAGAACCUGCGAGCAAUCGGUAGCGAAAGCAAGUUCUUGGAAAGAUGGAGUGGCACAUAGUCGUCAUCAUCAUCCUGUCUCCUCUCUUGCUGAUGGAUCCACCGAAAUUGAAAGCGUAAACCAGGAAGUGGCGAGACCGUUCGAGCAGAAGCUCUCCGUCACCCACAUCUCUCCGCGGCUCACGUCUGAUCCCGCGGCGAAGACGAGAACUGCUGCCACUUCCCCGAGAAGAUACUCCACCGCCGUGUCGCCUAAGCUGGCAGCCAGCGCCACUUCGCCUCGGUUAGAAGGCCACAUGGCGAUGCAGCCAUGGCUGCCCUCCAGCAAGAUGUCCUCUGCUGCCAACUCGCCGCCUCGCGCCCACUCGAUCUCAGGGCGCACGACGAGAGUAGAUGGCAAGGAGUUCUUUCGUCAGGCAAGGAAUCGUCUCUCCUAUGAACAAUUCGCAGCUUUUCUUGCCAAUAUCAAGGAGCUAAACGCUCACAGGCAAUCCAGAGAGGAGACACUCCAGAAAGCUGACGAGAUCUUCGGUUCAGAGAACAAGGAUCUCUUCAUGUCGUUCCAGAGCUUGCUUAGCCGUAGCCUGUCGUAGGUUCGUCUCGUAGCGCUGUUGAUCUGGACGCUGCACGCUGUUUUACAGUUGGAUCAUGAACGUCAGAUAACGGAUGGUACAGCAGUGUUCGCCUGUACAGAGACUAAUAACAGUUUGAUCAUGCCAAGAAAUGCUACAGAUAGAUUAUUGCUUUUUAUUGGUUUUGUUUUA